AUGGCCAAAGCGUUUAUGGGAAUGGGGGUGGAGUCGUAUAAGGAGACAAGGCAACAAAGGCAGAGAGCAAAAGAAGCCAACCCCGACGAGAAGAAAGAGACGAGUCGAGCAGGGCGAGGGAAGGCGAGAGAGCCAAGAAAAGGAAGAAGCGACAUUUGCAAAGUCACGAGGGAAGUGUUGUUUCGAGCAGGUUGGGGCAAGCGUGCGGGGAGAGCGACCAAAAUAGCGGAGCACAAAAUGUUUAGUCAAAACGCAUGCAGUGAACCAGCCGAAUUUCGCAAAUAUCGACCGAAAAUCCGAAAUCCAGAGAGCGAAAAUGCCAGCGCCGCGAAUAUUGCCAUUGCGGGUAAUGAAAUUGAGAGCAAGGAUGGAGCCAGAACCCGAAAAUUAGGCAAAAUUGCAGGCAACAGAAGGCGAGCACGUCCAUCAGCAAAGACCGAGUUGGUUAGCACGCGGCCGAGUGAGGCGAGAUGUAACGGGUAG